UUUUAUUAACAUUGUACUGUGACUCCAUGGCAGACACAACUCGCGGGUAUUGGUGUAUAUCUUGUGUGACGCCCUCCAAGGCCCUGUACAAGAGAACUGAUGGCAGCUUUAUUAAACUUUUGGAAUGUGUAAGAAUAUAUUAUGAGUACGUGCGGGCAGAUAGUUGACCGCUACGUGGAGUGUGAGAAGAGUAUAAUAUUCAUGGAUAUGAUGUUGCAAGAGAUUACUGCGUAUCGACAUAUUCUCUACAAUGCAGAAAACUUUACUCCUCAGUUCUACAUGAAGCUGGCAGUGUCUCUAGUGUUAAGUGAAGGAUACGUCAGGUGGAGUAACUUUGCACAAAAUCUCUCUGCUGGAAAUGGAAUAAAAAAUAAUGAAGUUUACUUAUAUAUCAUGUGCAUUUUAACUACUAUUGAAAUUGGAAUAUUUGGAAUUAUAAUCGUCCUUUAUUCCUGGAUAAAAUUAUCCUAUAGAACUUGGUCACACAUUUACAACAGUGUGUUGCUGGGUCAGUGUGGCCGGUUGGCAAACAUUGCUGCCAUCAUUUGGUAUCAAGGUUCCAGUAUUAUAUUUCAAGGACUCAUGCUAGCAUUCAUCUUUAUCUCCAGUAUACAAAGCACCAGAGUUGCACUGCAUAUAGGGAGGACAGAAAGUGUGCUCCUUGUAACUGCAGCUUUCAUCACCAGUUUGUGCUCCUCUUUUGUCCUACAUCCAUUAUUGAUCAACAGAUAUGAAGAAUAUAUCUUGUGACUUCCUGUUGUACAAAUAAAUAUGUUAUUGGGUCAGUACAAGGCCUGAAAAUA